CAGCUGGCUUGUCUAAUCCCUCACGUUCUAAACAGCACCAAAACUGACGAGAACGCAUCACACGCCGACCUAAAAGACAAAAUCAACUGUCUCAAUCCGCUCAGUAGUAUAUUCCAGCCACCUUAUCCGCCUGUCGCAGAUGAUCCACUGACCACAUAUGGGUGUCUUCAUUUAAAUGAUUCUCCCAAAAUCGAGUUUCAGUGCUUUAUGGACCACAUGAAAAACAGAGAACCACUGGAGUCGGCGAAUUGUACCACGCCCCCAUUGCCAAUAAAUAAAGCGACCCUGAGUAGAUACAACUGUACAAAUAUCACAGAUAUCAUACAUGCCAUUAAUCUGUAUUAUGACGCAAAAGAUGUAUUUGGAGGAAUAAAUAUAUCCGCAAUACCUCCACUGCCAACACCACCAGUCAUCACGACCCACAGAACGACUUCAGGAUCUCAUAUAACUCGUUCUUCUCAGAUUGAUCUCGAUACAAUCAAGGAACAAUCAAACAGAACCCUUAAUCCAAACAUGACCUUAGAGAAAGUCAACGAAUUAGCGACACAACUCGAGGUCGUUGUGAAUAGCAGCGAAACUGACACAAAGGUCGUGACCCAGAUUUUGUCCCACAUGUCAGAGGUUGAGAUCACUAACUCAGAGACUGUAGAGACAUUUUCAAGGAUUUCAACAACGGUUAUUCAUACAUACAAUGAAACUCUGGCUAACAGUGACAGCUCGGAGAUCAUUAUGCCAAACAUAUUGUAUUCCAUGGAAAACGUUUUAUCGUCCGCUUCUCCUAAUGAAAAUAUUUCUAUGGAAACAUCCGAGAUGGAUAUUUCUGUAUCAUACGUGGAGCGAAAUUUGAGUAAUGGUGACAUCAUCACAAUUAGCUCAAUAGUUGGAACUAUUGUUAUGCCCAUUACCGUAUUCGACGGCGAAACUUCUCGUGUCUCAACCAUCAUUUACAAAACCAUAAAUCAGAAAUGGAGCGUUAAGAAAGGUUACAACUAUGCCAAAAUCGGGAGUAAUGUUAUGUCUGUGUCGGUCCAGAACAUCAACAAGAACCAAACUGAGAAAGCGGAAGUCAACGUCACAGGCGCCAUCACUAUUGUUCUUCCUACAAAUGUAACAGGGGUGGAAAAGGAAAGGUUUUGCACGUUUUGGAAUUUUCAGAAAAGAUACUGGGACACUUACGGAGGUACAGUGGUAGAAAAGAAUGAUACCCACACAAAAUGUAGAUAUGACCAUCUGACCAACCUAGCAGUCUUAGUCCUCUACUACAAGCCAGAGGAUCCGAUGACGAAGGAACACCAGAAUGUGUUGUAUAUAAUGACAACUCUGGGUUGCAGUAUAUCUAUUGCCUGCUUAGCGCUCACUCUGAUUAUAUACGUGUAUCUUAGGGUUCUGAGCAAUGAUACAGUGUUGAUUCACGCCAAUCUGUCAAUAGCUUUGAUGCUUGGUCAGUUGGUGCUUGUUACAUCAGAUGGGGCUGCCAAAUACAUGGCCGCCUGUAAAAUUGUGACUGCCCUUCUUCACUACUUGUUUAUGUCCGCUUUUGCUUGGAUGAUGGUAGAAGGAUUAGCAUUAUACCUAUCCUGCACAAGACCCAUCAGCGCGUAUGGCGACAUGCGCAUGAUCUACUCACUGAUUGGCUGGGGACUUCCCGCCAUUAUCGUUUUGAUUACACUUGGCAGCAAUUUCCAAGACUAUGGAGAAGGCGAAUACAGCAGCUGUUGGUUGUCAAUAGAUGACGGAUUAAUAUGGUCUUUUGUUGGACCCAUGAUAGCAAUUGUUGUGAUGAAUAUUGUUGUACUUGGUUUGGUUCUGAAGGCUUUUCUCACCUUGCGAACAAACUCAAGAAAAACAGAGGCAGCUAGACUUUUUGCUAGUUUUAAGGUGAUGGUGACACUAUUGCCGAUCCUAGGGGUGACCUGGUUGUUGGGGAUACUUGUUCCUCUCAGUCACGUGUUUCACUACUUCUUCAUUAUCGGGACCUCCAUGCAGGGCACAAUGAUCUUUUUCCUGCAUUGCUUGUGCAACAACGUUGUGCGGAAGAAGUACAAUGAGCGCCGCCGUCGGAAUACGUGCUCGUCCAGCGAUGCGUGGUUUGGCUCGUCGUCCGCCUGGACAGAGCGCAGACAACAUAGGCUUGAAGAACUGAAGGUAGUCCCAAAACGAUACAGAAGGCAGGAAAGGUAUGCAUGGAUGUAG